AUGGAGCUGUUCACUCUGUCUGCGCCAACGGACUUCAGUGCUGAACACAGAGCAAAGAGGUCUCACCACUGCCCACAUUGUGAGGAGAUUUUCCCAUUUCUAUCAAAGCUAAAAAUACACCUAAAAAUACACACAGGAGAAAAGCUUUACUCCUGCUCUGAAUGUGGAAAAUGCUUGAAAACAUCAACUGCACUAAAAGUUCAUCAGAGAGCACACACAGGAGAGAAGCCUUACUCCUGCUCUGAAUGUGGGGCGAGUUUCUCUCAACUGGGCCACUUAAAAAAACAUGAACGUAUACACACAGGAGAAAAGCCUUACUCCUGCUCUGACUGCGGGGCGAGUUUCUCAUAUCGGGACACCUUAAAACGUCAUGAACAUAUACACACAGGAGAGAAGCCUUACUCCUGCUCUGACUGUGGGGCGAGUUUCUCUCGACUGGGCUCCUUAAAAAACCAUGAACGUAUACACACAGGAGAGAAGCCUUACUCCUGCUCUGACUGUGGAAAGAGUUUCUCUGAACUGGGUACCUUAAAACAACAUGAACGUAUACACAAAGGAGAGAAGCCUUACUCCUGCUCUGACUGUGGAAAGAGUUUCUCUCGACCGUGCACCUUACAAAUACAUGAACGUAUACACACAGGAGAGAAGCCUUACUCCUGCUAUGACUGUGGGGCGAGUUUCUCUCGUCCGGACACCUUAAAAAACCAUGAACGUAUACACACAAGAAAGAAGCCUUACUCCUGCUCUGACUGUGGAAAGAGUGUCUCUCACCUGGGAAACUUAAAACAACAUGAACGUAUACACAAAAGAGAGAAGCCUUACUCCUUUUCUGACUGUGGGGCAAGUUUCUCUCGUCCGGACACCUUAAAAUGACCUGAACAUAUACACACACAGGAGAGAAGCCUUACUCCUGCUAUGACUGUGGAAAGUGUUUCUCUUGAAUGUGCCAUUUAAAAAGACACCAAGGGAAACACAAGAGAGGAGCCUUACCACUGAUCUGACUAUAGAAAAUGUUAAACACCAGCUGAGCUUAACUUCUUCGGGGUAGGGGGCAGCAUUUUCACUUUUGGAUAAAUAGCAUGCCCAAAUUCAACUGCCUGCUACUC